UGUAUUGAGCUUUAACCCCUGAUGUAAUCCACCAAAGGAAUAGUGGAGGCAGAAGUGGGCCUCAGUUGAGUUUGAAAGGUCAGCAAUAAUACAUUAGGAGGCCGCCUCUGCAUAAAGCCCAAAUAACAAAUGGUGUGUGGUAAAUGCAGUUUGAAAAAGGAUAAUAUAGUUGUAAACAUUUAAAUAUUUGUUUAGUAUGUUGUUUAGUUAUAGGGUUGAUUUCUAUUUUGAUGGUUGGUUGUGUGAGGUGAAAACCUUUUAUCAUGCAUAACAUUGACUUUGUAGUUUGAUCAAGUCACCCUGUGUUCAGUAUUAACAAAUGGAUUGUCUGCCAAUCAGUUAGUAUUUUAAAUUCAAAAGCAUAAUGUAUUCAUCUGUUGUCCGGUAUGGGCUAAAGGAUAUUUUACCUCUAAAGUUAAAAAAAGACCAAAAGUACAUGGCACCUAAUGGCCGCAGCGUCUCUAUUACUCCACACGAGGGCGGUAAUCAGCCCUGUUAUUUGGUCAGUCAAACUGACAGUACACGAGAAACACUUCCGGGGCUAAGAAGAAACAUGGCAGCUCAGGAUGUAUCAACUGUGCCGGCUGUCGGUUAUAGUGGUGUCUGCGCGCCUCCACCGGCAGUUUCAGCCAACACUGCCUCGCCUGGAACGGACGGUUGGCAGCAUGGCUCUCAGUCGGACGCCGAGAAACAGUUUUUCCGCUGCGCCUCCCGGAUAAGGGCCCUGAGAGCAGACCCUGCCUGCCAACACAGAGAGGAGCUGAACUUGCUGUUUGACGAGCUUCUGUCUGAAAACUACAACAAAACCUUCUACCCAAAUAUAAACAUACAAACAGAGGAUGUGUGCUCUUUCCUGAAACAUGCCAGCAGACUGGUGCCCCUGACUCAAGAACACUUAGUCAUCAAACUCUGUCAGCUAAUGCAUCACCUGCUCAACCAGCUGAAGGUAAUAAUGGACGAGCCGACGUUGGACGUGUUGCUGAAAUACACCACAGGUGCAUUGAAAACGUGCAGCACAUGGACAAACGCUGAUGUCCUCCUCGCCCUCUCCACAGUAGUUUAUGGGAACGGACCACUGUGCCAUCAGCAUUUAGGUGAGUUACUGGCCGAAGAUGGAGCUCUCAUGCUCUACAGCGCCCCAUCUCAGCCAAGUAUCGAAUUACGCCGUGUUACUCUGACCUGCCUGGCCAACAUUUGUCUCAGGGUUCCUGGUCAGCCUCCUUUGGAUGAUCAGUACAGAUCCAUAUGUUUCCGAGUCUUCCUGAAAACACUACAGUCACCCAAACCUCCCAGCACUGACGAGCUUUUCUACUGCAUAGUGCUCCAGGCAGCGCAGAAAGGCCUUCAGUACUGUCUCUCAGGUGGGAAGUGGAAAUAUGGCGGAGGGGAGGAGCUUGGAUCUGUACUGGCCACACUCAAGAGACUCAUGUUUCAAGGCACUCCAGGUGUGAGUGUGGAGUGGCCGGCGGUGCUUUACCCAGCACCUCUACCUCAGUACGAAGCACCCUCUGCAAUAAAAACCGCUGACACACCAAAACCCUCUGAAAGUUCAAAGGAUGGUGUAGUACAAGGCAAACCCUCUGGGAAUAAGAAGAAGAAGCCCAGAGGGAAAGGAAAGAAGACCAGCUCUGAGCAGAGCAGACGAGAUGAUGGAGACGAAGAUGAUAGAGACUUCAUGUUUACCCCCAAAAAGGGCAGCAGAGAGGAGGACAAUCCUUUGACUAAACCGUCUGAGCCGUCUCUCUAUCCAUCCUGGAAACGCAACAAUUCAGAUUCUGAGUUUUCCGACCAGGAGGGAAACGCUCAGAGCAAACUGAGAUAUUUCCUAAGUCUUGUACGUGAGGGAGCUCUGUACUCUUUGCUCGGUGUGGUUAAAUGUGUAGAAAAGCGAACCCUGUAUGGAUACUGGUCUUCCUUCAUCCCUGACUCUCCUGUGGGGGGGCCACCGCCUCUCACUCUGCUCACAGUUGUACUCAAAGACACCUCACCCAAGGUUCGUGCGUGCGCGCUCCAGGUUCUGUCAGCCAUCCUGGACGGCUCUCGUCAGUUCCUGGCCGCAGCUGAAGAUACUGCGUCUCCUCGCACAUCUUACACUCCUUUCUCCUUCCUCCUGGCCACGAGUAUCAGAGAACUGCACCGUGCUCUCAGUCUGGCCCUGCUGGCAGAAACUGCACCACAGACACUCGUACAGGUCAUAAAGUCCCUGGCCUUUCUAGUUGCUAACGCGCCGUACCACCGCCUGAGGCCUGGUUUGCUCAGCUCACUCUGCAAGCAGAUCCGUCCUUUUGUUCGCCACCGAGACGUGAACGUCCGUGUGUGUGUCCUGACGCUGUAUGGUGCUAUGGUGUCGACUCAGGCUCCACUCCCUGAGGUCCUGCUCCUUCUCCAACAGCCGGACAUGGCCAAUGGAAGCAGCGGCAGCACUGGCUCCUUCACGCCGCAGGACUCUGCCCUCAGCUGGAGACAAAGACCUGGAGAAGACCUGUCUCGCACACCUGUGACCUCACAGCGCGGCUCACACACACACUCUCCCCAGGUCCUUCGAACACCAGGAGAGAAGGACGCCUCUUCACUGUGGCUGCUUCAGGUCUGCGUCUCACUGGUGACUCAGCCCAGAGAGGAACAGUCAGACAGCGAAGGAGGAAGAGCCGGAGGAGGAGCGGCACUGGAGCCCCCUCCUGUUCGACUAGAGGCUCUACAGGUCUUGUGCAGCCUUGUUCGUGGCUACUUUUCUCUUACUCAGAAGUGUCUCUCUGAGAUCAAGCAGCUGAGCAUAUGCUGCCUGGAGGAGUCAGACCCUGCUAUGCAGCUACAUGGAGCAAUGCUCCUCGGGGUGUUUGGAACAGGAGUUAUCCAGCAGUACAAGGCAGAGAACAACACCCCCGACAGUUUAAGGGUCCCAUUGAACCAGGUAGUACAGUUGUGGUCAGAAGUAUUGAGUGGUCCCUUAAACAAAGUGCUGCAGAGUGACCAGCAUCCCAAGCUCCAGGCCAGUGUCUGUGACACUCUCUCCUCCAUCCUGCCGCAGGCCUUCGCUCAGCUGCCUGACAAGACACAGCUGAUGUGUGUCACAGUGCUGCUGGGUCUGACUUACAGUGAAAAUUAUCUGGUGAAGACUGCAUCUGUGAGAGCUCUGGGAAUCUACAUACUCUUCCCCUGUCUGAGGGAGGAUGUGAUGUUUGUGGCAGACACGGCAAACGCGAUCCUCGCCGCCUUCAAUGACGGCAGCACAAACGUCCGGGCCAAGGCUGCCUGGUCUUUAGGAAACCUGGCAGAUGUACUUAUUAUUAACAUGGAGAAUUUAGGAAUGAGCUUCCAUGAUGAGUUGUCAGACAUGCUACUGCUCAAGAUGUUGCAGGUAGCUACUCGAGCAGCUGCUGACAAAGACAAGGUGAAGUCAAAUGCAGUGCGAGUCCUUGGCAAUUUAUUCAAUUUCCUGCGUCGGAAUCAGCUGACUCGGCCCGCAUUUCAACGCCCAGUAGAAGACGCAGUUCGUGCUCUUGUAAAAACAAUCCAAUCAGAGCCCACGAUGAAAGUCCGAUGGAAUGCCUGUUACGCUCUGGGUAAUGCGUUCAGAAACCCUGCCCUGCCACUUGACUCCGCCCUGUGGUCGAGUGAUGUGUUCUCUGCCCUCUGCCACGUCGUCACAUCCUGUAAGAACUUCAAAGUGCGAAUCCGAUCAGCUGCUGCCUUGGCUGUUCCGGCGCGCCGCGAGUGCUAUGGGGACACUAAUCGGUUUAGCUGUGUCUGGCAUUCCCUGGCCACAGCUCUGGAGAACAGCGAAGACACAAAUGACUUUUUAGAAUACCGCUACAGUGCCAGCCUUCGACACACGCUGUCACAAGCUCUACUGCACCUGCUCAGCAUCAGCCAAUCUCAGGAUAUGCCCUUCCUUGCAGCAUCGUUGGCCGGUGAGGAGGGAAGAAGCAUCAGACAGCAUUUGAUCAAAUAUCUGAAAUCAGUGGAAGCAGGAGGAGAAGGGGGAGGGGUGGAGGGAGAGAAAGACACAGUGGGGAACCAUAUGAACCCUCAGCACAGAAUAGAGAGCCUGCUGCUGACUCUCAACAGACUGAAGGUGUUGAAACCUGAAGAAGAAGGAAAAGAAAGAGAGGAGAGGGCUAAAGGAGAGGUUGUUGAGUUUUUUGAAGACUUGAUGAAGACCUGUGAAGAGCUAUAGUCACAUGAUCACUGUUACAGUGAUAAGAGCAGUGGCAGAAGUUCAAAUGAAAACGUAUUCUCACCUCUAACUUUGCAGUGGCCUUUCUAUCCAGCAUUCUCUCUCCAGCAUCACUGUCCAAAUCUUUGUGAAUCACAGGACUCGCAUACUUAUAUAUUAUAAACUAUAUAUUACAUUUCUCAACAGAAAAUAACCACAUCUUAAAGAAAUUAAAUAUUAAAAGUGAAUUAAAUGUUUUGUUUAUUAUUGAAAUAUUUCAUCAUGAUUUUAGCACUUUUUUUAACACAUUUUCUUAUUAUUGUAUUUAACAUUACCAUUGUAAUGUUUGACAGAAAUCAAUGUCGGUCAAUAUAUUGAUUUAUUAUUGCCAUGCCAAAAUAUAUAUGUUUAACACACUAGUCUGAUUGAAUACUUAAGACUGCAAAUAAGAACUGAACCAAGUCCUUAGCUGCCCAAAGAGGGGUAAAAGUGCAUUGAUGGAAUUUUUAAAUUUCAUGGUUUGUAUGUCAAAUGAUGCUGCUUCUGACUUUGAUAGUCAAUAAAACCUUUCCUAAUGA